GACGGGCGUUCGACGAACUCCAGCGUUUUAUUCUCACGCGAUGAGAUAGCCACAUCCAGCGCCUCCCAUAGGCGAUCGAUAGACAGCUCGGGCAGUAUAUUGCUAUCACUUGAUCACACGGAAACCCGGCAGCGAAGAUGAAGCGUCCCCGUCUUCCACUUCCACUCUUGCUCCUGCUAUGCGUCUUCUUAGCUUGCACCUUCGCGCAAGACAUUGCCGAGACGACCGAUGUCGACGAGAAGCCCCCGGCCUUCGAACGAGCCCAACCACUGAGCGACUAUGCCGAACCCACGUCAAUGGGAACAGGAGGAGCAACAGAGCAACCGAAAGAGCAACAGCAGCCCGGCUAUGAGGUACGCAGCGAGGUAGUCGAGGCCAUUUCACUCCUUCGAAAGGUCAAGCCUCCAACGGGCUCGAAGCUGCAGCGGUUCGUGAGCAAGCCCAAGGGCAUCUUCGGCAACGCUGUCUACUAUGCCAAAGAGGCCUUCGUUCUCCUCUUCAUGAACGCGCCCAAGCAGACCAAUCUCGUUGCAACAGCCACAGAGGACCAGCCGGUCAAGCUCGCUCCGCCACUUUCACGCGCCGUCAAGCUCCUCGAAGAAGCUGCCAACGAGAACGAUGCCGAUGCGAUCUACCUGCUCGCCGACCUCCACUUCCACGGCAAUCACUCCCACCCGAUCAACUAUGAUGUUGCCAUGAAGAGGUAUCAACAGCUGGCAGAUCUCAACGGGAACAGCACCGCCCAGUACAUGGUCGCCUUCAUUUACGCAACUGGCCUGGCGCCUUCGGUACCAGUAGACCAAGCAAAAAGCAUGCUGUACCACACGUUCGCUGCAGAGCAGGGGAACACGCGGUCACAGAUGACCUUGGGGUAUCGACACAUGUCUGGCAUUGCGACGCCUAAGAACUGUGAAGAGGCGGUGCACUGGUACAAGCAGGUGGCAGACACGGCCAUCUCCUAUUACCGGUCCGGACCUCCCGGUGGCCACUCUUUGGUGAGGGAUGCUUGGAGAAUUGCGGACGAGGAAGGCGGCGUGUAUGGAGAAGGUGCCAGCGUCGCGUCGGCCGGACCGAACGCCCGACAGGGUGGUCCGACGAGUGAUGCUUAUGCCGAUGUGGAAGACGUGCUCGAAUACCUGCAUCUGCAGUCCUCCAAAGGUGACCUCAAGGCGACAUUCGGACUUGCUAGAAUUCAUUAUGACGGCACGCGAGGUCUCAAGCGCGACACGAAGGUGGCCAAGCACUACUUUAUGGAAGUGGCACGAGAGUACUGGUCAUCCAACAACAAAGUGAAGAAGGAUGCACCCCAUAGCACGGAGCGGCUGGCAAGCAAAUCCGCUGGCUACCUGGGCCGCAUGUUCCUCCGUGGCGAGGGCACCAAGCAGGACUUUGCCAAAGCCAAGAUCUGGUUUAAUCGCGGCAUUGCCAACGGCGAUGCGCUCUGCCAGUACAGCUUGGGAUUAAUGUACCUCCAUGGCUAUGGUGUGGACCGCAAUGUCGUCAGAGCCGCGGAGCUCUUCGCCGCUGCAGCUGACCAGGACUUGGCUGUUGCACAAACGCAUCUUGGCACCCUCUUUCUCGAUCAGGGCGACACGGUCACCGCGGCAAAGUACUUUGAGUUGGCCGCGAGAAACAGUCACAUUGAGGCCUUUUACUACCUUGCUGAGAUGAGUCAGAAAGGCAUUGGCCGGGACAAGUCCUGCGGGACUGCUGCAGCCUAUUACAAGAUAGUAGUUGAAAAGGCAGAAGCAAUCUGGAGUGGCUUGAGUGAGGCUGUCGAAGCGUAUGACGAUGGGGAGCCGAGCAAGGCUUUCAUUCCCUACCUGAUGGCGGCAGAGCAAGGCUCUGAGAAUGCCCAGGCGAAUGUUGCAUGGCUGCUGGACCAGUUUCAGUCGAAGCCGACGUGGAGCCCGUUCAACUGGCUAUCAUCGACUGCGAGUAGCACGAAGAGCUCUCUCGGAGAUGCCGCGCUGGCGCUGGUACACUGGACGAGGUCCGCCAAGCAGCAGAACAUUGAUGCUCUCGUCAAGAUGGGCGACUAUUACCUCGCCGGACUGGGUACUGCUGCUUCAGCCGAACAUGCCGCGCAAUGCUACCAAUCCGCUGCAGAAACAUUGCAAUCUGCACAAGCCAUGUGGAACCUGGGAUGGAUGCAUGAAAAUGGGAUUGGCAUCGAGCAAGACUUCCACCUGGCCAAGCGCUUUUACGAUCAAGCUCUGGGCACUAAUAACGAAGCUUAUUUACCCGUCAAACUCAGCUUGUUCAAGUUGCGAUGGCGAUCAUGGUGGAAUGCAGUCACUCGUGGAGGCGUACAUGGUAUUGAAGAUGAAGCGCCUACGAAGAAGCGGAGAGAUCUUGCGGAGUGGGUUCGAGACUUUUUGGAAGCGGAUGCACAGUACUAUCAAGAUCAAGACGGAUAUGAAGCUGAUGACUGGGACGGCACCGAGCCGAUGCCGGGAGGCGACUGGGAUGGCGAUGGUGAGAUUGACGAAGAGGUCCUGGAGACCCUCCUGAUUGGUGGUCUUCUCGCCGCGUUGGCCGGGCUGUUCUGGUAUCGUCAGCAGCGUGCGAGAGAGGUUGAACGCAGAAGGAUGAAUUUGCUGCAACAUCAGCAGCAGCAGCAGAGGGAUCAAGCACAGCAACCACCGCCACCGCAGCAAGAUCAGCAGCAGCAGCAGCAUGAGGAGGAGGAGGACGAUGACGAUGAUGGAGGCUUAUUUCCGCCACCUGACGAUCCGAACUGGAACAAUUGGGUUGCGGGAGGUAUCGGACAUUGACAUUAGCGUUGAUAUGUGUAUCAUUUGCGUAGCGACUCAAGGUACAUGUAGGUGUAUGAUGAGCUACUUGUACAGUGAUGAAGCAAUCGAUCAAUUAAACAAGCACCACAAUCUUACCGCCCGCUGUCCCCUCCUCCAUCAUCCGAUGCGCUUCCACAAUCUCCUCGAAUCGAAAAACCUUGCCCAUAGGAAUCCGAAGUUCGCCUGUGGAAAUCUGCUCCAUCAUUUCUUGCAAGGGUGUCUGCAUGAAUUCUUCCGUGCCUCCGCUGUAGGUGGUGAGAUGAACUGAGGUGGGGAUGCUGGCCAUGGGUUCGAAGUUGGAGAAGGUCCAUUUGUUGCCGACCAUUCCUGCGAUGCAAACAACCCCAUUCGGCUUCACACACCUCAACGAAUCCUCCGCCGUCGUCGUCCCCACCAAUUCCAACACCUUAUCCACCCCUCCCACCCUCUCCCACACCUCUUUCGCAAUCUCCCCCUCAUCCACAAUCACCGUCGUCACCCCAUGUUCCUCCAACAACCCCCUUCUCGCCCCAUUCCUCGUCGUACUCACCACCUCCUCAAUCCCACCAAAUUUCCUCGCAAUCGCCGCUGCAGCUAAUCCCACGGAUGUCGUUCCUCCUCGAAUUAAUAAUUUCUCGCCCGCCUGGAUUCGCAACGCAAGGAAUAAACUUCCCCACGCGGUUUGUAACAUUUCGGGAUAGCCUCCGAGGAUUUCCCAUGGUAAUAUAUUUUUUUGUUGUUGUUGUUGUUCGAUGUCACUAUGGCUACUAUACAAUUUCUGUACCUGCCUAGCAGGCACACAUGUAUACUCUGCAUAGCCUCCAUCAAACACUCGACCCAUGCCUCCCAUGGCUGUGGCGACUAUGUCUCCUUGUUGAAAUUGGGGGGGUUCUUUUUCUUCUUUUUCUUCUUCGUUGGCUGGUGGUGCAGAGGCUACGAUGCCUGUGGCUUCGAUUCCGAGAAUUCGGGGGAAUUGCACGGGACUGUGGCCUUGGCGGGUGAAGAGUUCGGAGCGGUUGAGGCCGAAGGCUUUGAUGCGGAUGAGGAUUUGGCCAGGUUGGGGGGUGGGGAUGGGGCGCUCUUCUAUCUUGAGCACUUCAGGCCCGCCGGGCUCAUGGAUUACAAUUGCUUUCAUCAUCUUCUUCGAUGGUUUGAUAGAUCUCGCCAAAG